GUCGUUCUGUCGGCUCCCCACGCCACGUCAUCUGGAUAUUUUGUUGUCUCGUGCCAGCUGCUACUCACGAGCUGACCAGUCAACCAGACGGCCAAUCACAACUUGCAAGGUAGCACCAAGCUGCGAUUGGUUGUCUGGUUCAAUAUACUUCGUCGGUCACCAUCGAAGAUGUCUUUCACCCUCUACUUUAGAUCCCCCAGUCAUGAAGUUUGCGCGGUACCUCGAGGAUGUGCAGGCUUCAGAGUGGAAGAAAGCGUACAUCGACUACCGCGGCCUGAAGAAGCAAAUUCGAGAAAUCAAGGCCGAGCAUGGGGGCAUCUUGAGCCCGGUGAUAGUGAUCGGCUUCGACUCUUGCGAGGACCCUGGAACCGAUUCCUCCGAGACCAGAGAGCCUGAAGCAAAACCAAAUAGAAUAACCUCUAUGCUCUCUAUAGGCAGCAUGACAUCACCAUCCUUUAGUCAACUCCUUCCGCAGCUUUCCUCCGCUCAGCGACGGUUUUUCAAGCUACUCGAUGCUGACCUAGAGAGAGUGGAAUCGUUCUUCCUUGAGCGCCAGCAGGAGGCGGAGGACCGUCACGAAAAGCUUCAUGAGCAACUAGAAGAGCUUGUGGCUCAUCGCCAACGGAUAUAUGACAUCCUUCCAUCUCGCAAUUCUCGUGUAUCGAGCAAGACCCGCUUUAUUCACAUGUAUCAGAGGAACAGCACGGACCUGAGGGCAACGAAGUCUAGUUCAGUUUCAGGACGGGGCGGUUUCUCCGCUAAAAUGGGAAAGCAGACUUUGGAGUCGACGAAAACCACCUACGAUCGGGAGUAUAAGGGCGCGAAGAAGAAGUUAAAGAAAGCUGUCGUGGAGCAUUACCGAGGCCUCGAGGUAUUAAACAACUACCGUGUCCUUAACCUCGUAGGAUUCCGCAAAGCUCUGAAGAAGUUCGAGAAGGUUACAAAGUUACCUGCGCUCGCUAUCUACAUGUCGGAAAAGGUCGAACCAUCGGCUUUCUCCAGUGGUUCUCGAGUCAGCACUAUGAUCAGAGACAUGGAAGAUAUCUAUGUUGCACGAUUUGCCAAAGGCGACCGGAGGAUGGCUAUGAAACGUCUACGUCCCGAUUCACGCCUGACAUCACAUCACAUGAGCGUAUUUCGUUCAGGGAUGUAUCUUGGAUUGGCUGUUGCGGCCUUUGCGGCAGGAAUAUAUCAGUGUUCUCUGCAACAUACAAGAGAAAAUCUUCCUUCGUGGAGUGUUCUUCUGUACAUAUACGCGAUAUUUGGGAUGCCUGUCUUACUCGCGCUGCUGGUCGGUGUGAAUGUUAACGUAUGGGCUCGCGAGCGCAUAAACUAUCCAUUUAUUUUCGAGGUGGAUUUAAGAACCAAGAUGGAUCCUCGCCAAUAUUUCGAGAUCCCUUCUCUCAUCACGUGUGCCUUGGCCUUCGCAUUUUGGCUUUCACUUUCUCCCUUUGGUCCUCCGAUGCUGUGGCCUUUGGUUUGGUUGGCUUUUGUCUUCGUGGUCUUGCUCAAUCCUCUUCCACGUUUCAUGUCAAGGAGUUCUCGCUGGUGGACUAUCAAGAACCUAGCCAAAUUAUUUUUAAGCUGUUUCUGGUUUGGGGAUCAACUGUGUAGCUUGACCUUUACUCUCGAGAACCUAUAUUUCUUCAGCUGCGUCUAUGCAUCGGGUGGAGAUAAUGCGAUUUCAUCACGUGCUUACGAUCCCCGGAUACAAGAUGUCUGGGUGACCUGUGCAACGUCUCGCAACUGGGGCAUCCACUACUUCAUAGCGAUUCUUCCUUACCUGAUGCGUCUUGUGCAGUGUGUGAGGCGUUACCGGGAUACCAGAUUUCUUGGGAAUCUUCUCAAUGCUGGGAAGUAUGCCUCUGGAAUGGUGUCCUCACUAUGUUAUCACUAUUGGGUACAUUCUGGAACUCCACGGCAAGGACCGUCUUUUGUGUUUUUCUGUUUCACGGAGAUCUUGAGUUCUUUGUAUUCGUGUGCUUGGGACUUGAUCGUGGAUUGGUCUUUGUUCAAGCGCGACACCCGUUAUCCUUUGCUCAGGCCCGAUCUCAUUUACACUUCUCAAAUAGCGAUUACCAAUGUUCUUGUUCGCUUCAUCUGGGUGAUAUAUAUCCCCCCCGGUCGAUUAUCAUUCGUUUUACGCUCGGUCAUUGCAGCAUUGUUGGAGCUCCUAAGGAGGGUACAAUGGAACUUCUAUCGCUUAGAGAGCGAACAUUUGGGAAAUAUGGAUCAGUACCGGGUCACGCGCGAGGUGCCGCUGCCCUAUAGCACACUCGAGUAUUUACCAGGAGAUGUCCGAUGACGACGAAGACGAUGGUGACAUGUGACGCGUGAGUUGUUUACAUACCAAAGCCCUCCAGGAUGCUCUUGGACUGCAUUUGGGGAAAGCAUGUGAUGUAGUUAUUUAGAUUUACAAGCAAUACUAUAGAGAGAGAGUGUGUGUGUGUC